CAGGAGGCGUGUUCAUUGAAGUGCAGGAACAUUUACAAAUGUAUUAUUCACAAUGCCAACAUCCGGAUUAGUGUAAAGCUGAAAUAACUGCUGAAAUAAUUGUUUCAUUUUAGCCUUUAACAAUGAAUACGCUGUUAGCGACUAGUUUGGUGUUUGUUGGUUGCUGCAGCAAUGUUGUGUUUUUGGAACUUUUGGUUAGGGAUUUCCCAGGAUGUGGAAAUAUUGUCACAUUUGCCCAGUUUGCCUUCAUUGCACUGGAGGGGUUCAUCUUCGAGACAAACUUUGGACGCAAAAAGCCACAAAUACCCCUCAGUAACUAUGUGAUCAUGGUGACUAUGUUCUUUACCGCCAGCGUUAUCAAUAACUACGCCCUGAACUUUAACAUCGCCAUGCCACUGCAUAUGAUCUUCAGAUCAGGAUCUUUAAUAGCAAACAUGAUUCUCGGUAUUGUCAUCUUGAAGAAAAGAUAUUCGAUGAGUAAAUAUCUCUCCAUCGCUCUGGUGUCUCUGGGCAUUUUCAUCUGCACUAUUAUGUCGGCUAAACAAGUGAGUGUUAAGAAAGGGGCCACAGAGGAAGAUGGUGUUCAUGCCUUCAUGCAUUGGCUUCUGGGUAUCGCCAUGCUGACGUUCGCCUUGCUGAUGUCUGCAAGAAUGGGGAUUUUCCAAGAAACUCUGUACAAGAAGUAUGGAAAACACUCCAAGGAGGCGCUGUUCUACAAUCACUGUCUGCCGUUACCAGGGUUCCUCCUGCUGUCAACGGACAUCUACAAACACGCCGUGCUCUUCAGCCAGAGCUCUCCAGUGGAAAUCCCUGUGAUUGGUCAGUCUAUGCCAGUCAUGUGGUUUUACCUGCUGAUGAACGUCAUCACACAAUAUGUGUGUAUCCGCGGCGUCUUCAUCCUGACUACAGAGUGCGCCUCGCUCACGGUCACACUGGUGGUGACACUGCGCAAGUUUCUGAGCCUCAUUAUUUCCAUCCUGUACUUCCGUAAUCCCUUCACAACCUGGCAUUGGGUGGGAACGGCCGUGGUGUUCCUGGGAACGUUGCUCUACACGGAAGUGUGGUCCAGCGUUCGUGUGGGAAUGAAAGGAGAGAAAGCCCACAAGAAGGCAGAGUAAACUGUACA